AUGUUAUCUGAUGAAUCAAGCAGUGAUUCAGAAACUGGGCGAUUUAAAUGUCAAACAAAGCAGGAUGAGAAAAAACCAAGCCGAAGAGAAGAAAACAGAGCUUCAAAUAGACCUGGAAGAAGCAGGCCCACUGAUGAAAAAUACGAAAGAAGUUUUGAUAGAAGAAGGGAUGACAGAAAUAAGUUUGAUAGGCAGAGGGACAAGCAAAGAUACAACCGAUAUUCUCCUAUUAGGUCCAGGCGUUCUAGAGAUAGAAGCAAAGACAAACGAUCUAGGGAAAACUAUAAAGUAAGUAGAGAAGGAAGAGAUAAAUUAAAAAUCAAAGAUCAUAGUUUAAAUAGAGAACAAAGAACAUCUAGGUCUAGGUCAUCUCGAUCCCCAUUUGUAGGCAGAUCUACAAAAAAUGAGGAGAAAGAUGUUUCUAGCCAUCUGGCUAAAUCUGCUGCAUAUACAAGACGGCCAAGAAGUGAAAGUCCUCCUUCACAACACUCUGUCAAAAAGUCUGAAGUUUAUAAACCAAUACACGAAAAAUCUAAAAGUAGGAAAAGUGGCAGUCCUGUAGUUGUCAUUGAAGAUAAUGAUAGUCCUGAUGAAGUUGUACAACCAGGUUCAUAUUAUAGUAUGAUACCAGCUUUAGUUAAAGAAAAAUCCAUUGAAUCAAGUGAAAUUGAUUCAUCGGAUGACGAAAAGCUUCGAGCAAAACUUCUUAAUUUAGAAAAAGAAUUGCACAAAAGUAAAAGAAAGAAACAUAAAAAGAAACACAAAAAGCGAAGCUCAAAAUCGAAGGAAAAGAGUUUAGAUUCAUCUGCAGCAAAUGUUGAGGUAACAAGUACUACAGAUAUACAAGAAGUGCAAAAUGAACAGAAUACGCAGUCAACAGAAGUUUCUUCAACACAAAAGAAUCGUAAGGAUAGUAGUGAAGAGGGUGAAAUACUGAGUGAUGAGGAAGAAUACGAUCCAACUGACUUGAGACAUAAAUUAAAAAGGUCAAAAAAUCAAUCGCAAGAACCACCUAAAUUAGAUGCUUGCGGCCCAGCCCUGCCACCUCAUUUGCAAAAACAUUAUAAGAAAAGCGUUUCACCUGAUAUCACAGUCAAUUCACUAAAAAGUGAUAAUUCUAGAAAAAUAGGACCGAGCAUCCCAUCUGACAUGCGUAAAGUAUUAGCUGAGAGGAGCCCCGAAGUUAUCAAGGAUGAAAGCUCAGAAGAAGACUCUGGUAUAGGACCUCUACCAGCAGGUGCUGAGGCCAAAUGGUCUCAAGCUCACCAGAAGUUGGAAGAAAGGGCAUAUGAGAUGAAGAUUAAACAUUUAGAAGGUCAUAAUUUGCAGGAAAAGGAUAUUAAAUCUCGUGAAAAGUGGAUGCUUGAAUUGCCAGAGGGAAAGACCAAAUUCUUAGGCUUAGAGGCAAGAGGUUUUAGAGCCAGGGCGGGUCCAGAUAUGUCAGAUAGGUCAAGUUGGACAGACACACCAGAGGAGAAAGCUCGUAAAGCAGCUGGUGUAGUUAAGGAAGAGGAUGCCUCAGUGGUCUUGCAGCGUGAGGCCAGGGAGAAGUACAUAUCCAAUAGAGACGAGGAACAGGAACAAGCUGUUAAGAAACACAAAAAGAAGCAUAAAAGGGAAGAAAGUUUGUUAGAAAUGCACCAGAAGAAAUUGAAAAAGAAAAAGAAGAAAGAGAUAGAAGAGAAGAAGGAGCGCCGUCCGUUUAGCCGAGAUGUAGAUUUACAAGUGAACCGCUUUGACGAGGCGCAAAAGAAGUCCAUCAUAAAAAAAGCACAAGAUUUGAACACGAGGUUCUCUCGUGGCGAUGCAAAAUAUUUAUAA